AGUGUGGAUCUUCUCAAGACGAUCGAAUCCUACAUAAUUCCACAGGCAACCUUUAAAAUAACGCUUCAUAUAAUUUGGUUUUAGGGCCCUACAUAGCCUAUGCAACCCCCAAAGUUCCAUCCAUAGCAAAGACAUCCAUGCUUGCCUUACCUACCUACACGCGAUUUACUCGUAAGAAUGCGUGACACAUGAUGCGAACGACGUAUGCUGCCGUCAGCACUCAACAAUCCCAUUUAGCUUACCGUAGGCUGCUGCACUCCAGUGGACUACCGUCAUUCUCAAGUGUGCACAUCCUGUGGUAACGACGGUGUCGAUCUAACGCUCUUGGCACCAUUCAUUUUUAUUCAUCAGGCUCAUUUUGAAUCUCUGCGCCUCCGACAGCCACGGGAGCUCUUUUACCUGUAGUGUCUUUGUGGAAUAUCCAAUGUUUGGUCACUCAGAAACAUAGAUCUGUUUAUCUAUAUGAGAUAGCAGCAGUAACGGACUGCGUUAGGCAAUCGUGGAUUCCGUGGGACAUUGUGAAAUACUAGUCUCUAACAGUGGCUAUUAGAUUGUGUUCGUGUGAAGUGCUGAGAUUUCAACAUCGUCCGCGUCACCCGGAUUUGGACUAAUUUCAGGGCAGAUGGUGUAACAGUGUUCUUGAGUUGACGCGCGUAUUCGAGUGAAAUCGGUAGAGGGAAAUGUCUACAGAUUCUCCUAUAAUAUGACAGCAGAAUAGAACUGACGUUUUUCUCGUUGACCGGUUAUCACUUCAGUGGUGGGCACUCAUCUAUCUCUGGGUCUCCUACACAGCUGCCAAAAUACCUUAUCAAAACCAAACCAUGGUCCCUGGGACUCCGGCAGCGAUGCUCCCAGCUUCGGAGGCGGCCAAGAUCUAUCAGACUAACUACGUUCGGAACUCGCGCGCUAUUGGCGUGCUUUGGGCAAUUUUCACCAUACUGUUUGCUAUUGUCAAUGUAGUGUGUUUUAUUCAGCCCUACUGGAUCGGGGAUGGCGUGGACACCCCGCAGGGCGGCUACUUCGGCCUCUUCCACUACUGCAUAGGUAACGGACUGUCCCGAGACCUCACGUGCAAGGGCAGCUUCACCGAUUUCAGCACCAUCCCCUCUGGUGCUUUCAAGGCUGCAUCCUUCUUUAUCGGGAUGUCCAUGGUCCUCGUCCUCUCCUGCAUCGGCUGCUUCGCAUUGUUCUUCUUCUGCAGCACUGCCACAGUCUACAAGAUCUGCGGCUGGAUACAACUUGCUGCAGGGACAUGUCUGGUGCUGGGCUGUAUGAUCUACCCAGAUGGCUGGGACUCGGACGAGGUGAAGAGGAUGUGUGGUGAGCAGACGGGGAAGUACACCAUCGGAGCGUGCUCGGUGCGCUGGGCCUACAUCCUGGCCAUCAUGGGCAUCAUGGACGCUAUGAUCCUCUCCUUCCUGGCCUUCGUGCUGGGAAACCGCCAAGACGGCCUCAUGGCCGAAGAGUUGCUCAGCGACAAGAGUGCUAUUGCAUAAUUGAAGGACCAAUUCAAACAGAUCCCACUGCCCAGAGAGGGAGCAAUGCUUAUAUAAUGUCAUGUUUCAGCAUUUUACCCAUAAUUCAAGGGUGGAAGGGCUGUCUGUGGAGGUUUGAGAGGACAGAGAGAGACACCAGGAAGAAAGACAGAAGAAUGACAUGUGUGAACACAGGAACCUCUCACACGAAAAAACACAAAGACCCACAACAACAACAACAACAACAAUAGCAUAUGAACAUGACAUGAAGCCCCCUUACCCUCUCCAUGUCUCAUUGCAACACUGAAGGAUUUUCAGCACCACACACAUGCAGUCCAGUUAGUGCCUCUGCCAGGAGUGCAGCUAUGUCAUACGCAGCAUACUGCUCUCACAUGCAGUGCAUUAACUGAUGAUUUUUCAGCUGAUCAAUCUGACUUUGGUAAAGUAGUGUCUGUUUGUUAUUUUUAUUACAUUGGGGAAUUUGUCGUUUUUUGUUUCUGAACAUGACACACACACACACACACACGCACACACACAAAAUAACAAUUGCAUUCAACCUGCUGCACAUUAUUAAAAGUCAUUUUGCACAGCAUAUAAUUAAUGUCAAUGAACUGUCCCCUCCACACACACACACACACACACACACACCACACACAACACACACACACACGAAGGACCCUGAGGCCUUGACCUGAGCAGAGAAGAUGUUUGACAGAGCGUGAUAACAGUGCCAUCGGCCCCAUUUGGCCCUCUGGGCCACUGUACACCAUGUUGUGCUAGUGCUGUGUACUGUGUAGUCAGUCAAUGGUUUAGGUCUUUAUGGAACCAUAGAAGAGAAGACUGUAUUCAUGAGCACAAUAAAGAAAAUCCUUACAUAAUAAGUGUCAAAUAUGAAGAGGUAACAAUUGCCAAGUGUUUAGCAGAGAGUGAAAAAGGCCAUUCAGAAGAACAGUAUUUAAAGUAGGAGUGUAUUUCAGUGUAUCAAUCAUAUACUCUGUAUACUUGUACAUGUUGAGUAAUGUUUCCGUAGUUCCGUCUCAACUUUGAUAUUUGCUAAGUGUACCAAAAUGACAAAGACCUUGGUACGGUGUAUUCUAAUGUGUGCCAUAUGAUUACGCUAUGGCUUGGUGUAGUAGAGGGUAAACAAGUGUUUAUCUCACUGUGAUUCCAUGUGAACAAUUCUGGACAAGCAAAAUGUUUCUCCCUACACUCCUAACCCUAACGACAUCUGGUUUGCAGUUAAUCCGGAUGCAAUCUGCAUCUUAAUCUCUAAAUGUGCUUGUGCUGAAGAAACAUUUAUUUGUGUUGUGUUAACACUCUCUCACACACACACUGCAUAUGUUGACUUUGGAGGCCCUGUCUCCUUAAUGUUAUCUCAGUGUGUAACAUUGGGGACAUCCAGCGAGGGAACAGCCUGUGAUUUAAAGACUGGGAUAUUUUUGUGUGUGUGGCGGGUGUGGGCAUAUUUUACAUACAUUCCUUUUCAGGAUAUGCCCAUUUCCCCAUAUUUGUGCAUAAUACAACAUUGUAAAUAUUGAGAGUCAUAACAGAUGGUAGCAAAAAGUAUAAUGCUUUAUUAAAGAGGAUGUGAAAAAUAAAAUAAAGAUCCCUGUAGUAAA